UUGCCACAUGGCCGCUCUCAGUAGCCCCGGCUCCAGCCCCCACCCCACCUCCCCCCGGGUGUACUUCCAGGCCCCUGGAGAGACCGCUGAGGAGCCAGAGAGACGGCACCAGGGCAAAGUGACUGUCAAGUAUGAUCGCAAGGAGCUAAGAAAGAGACUGCGGCUGGAGGAGUGGAUCCUGGAGCAGCUGGUGGUGCUGUAUGAUUGCCAGGAGGAAGAGAUCCCGGAGCUGGAAAUUGACGUGGAUGAAUUACUGGACAUGGAGACGGAUGCACAGAGAGGGGAGAGAGUUAAGGAACUACUUGUUGACUGUUACAAACCCACAGAGGCCUUUAUAUCUGGACUACUGGAAAAGAUUCAGGGGAUGCAGAAGCUGAGUACCCCCCAGAAGAAAUGAUGCCCCAAAACUGAGCUGAGCGAGGGCAGACAUGGAUCAGCACCGACACCGAGUGCAAUAUCACAGGCUGUCAGGGUCAUUGGGUUCUCCUAUCCGCAAAGGUGCAGUGGACCUGCCUAUCUGGGGUUCACAUGGAGGAGCAGGGGAACCCCUCCUUUUUAUAUGAGGUUUUUGUAGAAGUCUUUUUUUUAAUUAAAUAAAAUGUAAGAUAUUAAAGCAA